AGAAGAUUCCUUCUUCGAAACAAACAAUUGCGACGGUCACACGCCUUCAAUUACCUCGUGGAACAUGGCUUCACCUAUUGCGUUGUUGCGGCAGAUUCUCAACAAGAGAUAUGGUCUUAACUAAAGGAUGACAUUGAGUACUGCUCUUGAUCGCAGUGAAAAAAUUGAGCUUCUAGUGGACAAAAUCCGAGAACCUUUGUUCACAGGCACAAGAUUCCAGAGCGCCAGGAACGAAAAUGACAAGAUGUGGUUUCAGAACAUGAAGAUUAAGCUCAUAGUCCUUGGUAUCAUCAUCUUCCUCUCGGUUAAUUCUCAUCGUCAUCAUCGCGUUAAUUCUCAUAAUUCCCAUAUUGCUCUACAAGUUGAUGGGAAACUCUUCCCGGGUAUUUGGGACAAAGAUUGUUGUGAUAAUCCAUUCUGGCGAGUCUUAUGAAAUCGUCAAAGUAGUUCAGCUCUGGGAAAUCUCCGGUGCAGUUGACGAAUCCGGGUGACCACACUCUUCUCUUUCAGACGCCAAAAGGGAUAAUAGAGAUAUGUCCUCGUACCCCAUUUAAACCGAGAAGUGCAGUGUUUGUGACGCUUAUCAACUGACAGAAAAACAAGAGGGGAUCACAAAGAGCAUCCAUAUGAUUGUCAGAGACGGAGAAAGAUUUAUCAUGGCACUCUCCUCUGUUUUUUUUUUUUAUAAUGCUUUGGAGAUGAAUAAGAUAAUGAAGAAGAGGACGACCUAAAAGAAUUGUCGAUGCAAGAACUUUAGUUGGAAAAGUCAGGCAACGUAGAAAAGGGGAUAUUAGUAUACUAACGCAGAAAAUCUCCAAAUGGGUUCAAAAUCGACUAAUGAAGAAAAUUUCUUAAAGAAAGAAGAAAGACAUGACCGUAAUCUCCACUUUCUUUGUCAGCUUCAGACAAAUGUGAACGCAUCAAAAGGUUCAAUGGUAAGUAAGACUUCCAUACCCUGAAGAUGACUUGAUGGAAAUUGUGUGUGCCAAAGUUGUUGGAGACAGAGCAAGACUUUUUAUACCUCUCACUAGGAGUAAGGUAUGUCUUAACACUGCUAAAAACCAACAUAGAAAGAUUGAAAAGAAAAGAAAAUUGUGACUUGGUUAGUGAGAUAGUUAUUGGUGAUUAGCAUGGUGUAUAGGUUGGGAGUUUACAGUUGUGGAACGUAGGGGAUUAUAGUUUUGGUAUG